AAAAGACGGGGAAAGAGAGAAAAUUAUGUUUUUCUGACGUGCGGACGUUUAUCCUCUCUUCCUUUAUUAUAUAAUAUUUACAGCGUGUCCUUUCUUCCUUUAUUAUAUAAUAUUUACAGCGUAUCUUUUCUUUGUUUUUUUUAAACUUAAAGAGAGAAAACAACAACAUCAGCUGGACUUCAGUAUUAAAAACAAAACAACUCCCAAGACAAGCCACGGGUGAGAAAAAGAAAACGAGAGAUGCUUUCUCGUCUUCUCUCCUCUCCUCGAUUUUCUUUCGAAGCAACACAAUGGAGUAUUUGUAUCUACUUGGUCGAUGGAUGUGCAACUACUUUAUACCAAUAAGAAUUCGCCCAUCUCCUUUUUUCACCGGGAGAUUUAUCCCGCUGUUGGUCUUCCUCCAUGGCUUCGUUUUCCAUCCCGAUCCAUGCCUCUCCCACCCCCAGCCAUGUCACAUCCUGGCUCGGAUCGGACACACGGUUCGUCUCGGUGCUCUGCUUCCCACCAGACAACCAGCCAGGGUACAUAACGCUCUGAACAGAGCCUUGACCAGCCUGAAGCACCGGGCUGGAGAAGGCAACCCGCCUCUUCUGCCCUACAACCUCACCCUGGAGGUGGUGUCUCGGUCCCCGUCUGGUGGCGACCCUGUCUCCCUGUCCAGGUGUGUGUGUCAGGAGCUGGUUGUGCGAGGGGUGACAGGUGUCCUGGCCUUCCCUCGUUCACCAGAAGAACUCAUCCACAUCGACUUCCUGUCCUCCUUCCUGGAAAUACCUUUUAUAUCACUACUGGAGGACCUAGAACCACUCAGAGUUAAGAACCGGUUCCAUCUCCAAAUGUCAGUUCGUGUUCCACCUUCUUGCCUGGCCAACCUUCUAGGGAAGGAGGAGAGGAGGGAGGAGAAAGGGGAGGAGGGAAGAGGGGCUGAGAGAAGUGACGAAACAGGUGAUGAGACCAGAGAAGACAAGAGGGAAGCUGAGGUCUUGUCUCUCCUCUCCCGUCGUCUUCUUCGCUCCGCCUCUCCUCUCUCCUCUGUGGUCAUCCUUGGUUCCGACCCAGAAUGUCUCUCUUCUGUCCUCCGCUGCGCCCAGCGUCUCGCUCCCUCGCUCCCCGCGCUGCAGUGGAUUAUGGGUAACCCUCUGUCACCUGACUCUCUCCUCUCGCUGGGCGGGCCCCUCGGCCUAUUGGCUUAUGGAGAGGUGGGUCGUAAACCCAUCACCUUCUACAUCCGAGACGCACUGCGGUUGAUUGGCCAGGCGGUGACUUCGGCCAGUGAGGUGAGGGCAGACCUGGCUCUGAUCCAGAACCUGGUCAACUGUUACGACAAACCUAACAAAGAGGAAGUGCCCUCUUCUGGACAGUACCUGGCCAGGUUCCUCUCCAACACGUCGUUCCAGGGUUCUACGGGCACGGUCCGUGUGGCACCUGCUCUCUCCCAGGUCCUCUCCUCCCAGCUGUACCACGUGUGGAGCCUGAAGAGAGGUCCUCUUGGCCAGCCGUCCUGGGUCACCGUGGCCCACUGGACCACUGGGCGUCUACAGUUGGACGAGGGGGUAUGGAGGCCGGGGCUACAGAUGGCGGGCCGGAGAUUAAGGGUCGUGACCCUGGUGGAGCAUCCCUUCGUGUUCACUAGAGAGGUGGAUGAGGAUGGGCUGUGUCCCGCUGGUCAGCUGUGUCUGGACCCUAGAACUAACCGCUCAGAUCUACUGGACUCACUGUUCAGUCACCUGCACCAGACCAAUACAACUACUACCACUACUGACCACAAGGACCAGCGGAAGUGUUGCUAUGGUUACGUUAUUGACCUGUUGGAAAAGCUGUCGGAGGACCUGAAGUUCACCUUUGACCUUUACAUCGUGGGAGACGGGAAGUACGGAGCGAUGAGCAGCACUGGGAGGUGGACCGGUCUGGUGGGAGACCUGCUGAGUGGAACAGCAGACAUGGCUGUGACAUCAUUCUCCAUCAACUCAGCCAGGAGCAGAGUUAUAGACUUCACCUCUCCAUUCUACUCUACCUCUCUGGGAAUACUGGUGCGUAGCCAAGACACAUCAGCUCCUAUUGGGGCCUUCAUGUGGCCUCUCCAUUGGUCCAUGUGGGUGGGCAUCUUCGUCACUCUUCAUCUUACCGCACUUUUCCUCACCGUCUAUGAGUGGAACAGCCCCUUUGGUAUGACUCCUCAUGGCAGGAACAGACUCAGAGUGUUCUCCUACUCCUCAGCCCUCAACCUCUGCUACGCCAUCCUGUUUGGACGCACUGUCGCUACUAAGACUCCUAAGUGUUGGACCAGUAGGUUUCUGAUGAACCUGUGGGCCAUCUUCUGCCUGCUGGUGUUGUCCAGUUAUACAGCUAACCUGGCUGCUGUCAUGGUGGGGGAGAAAACCUUUGAACAGGUCUCUGGAAUACAUGACGAGAAGCUGCACCACCCAUCCCGUGGGUUCAGGUUUGGGACAGUCAGAGAGAGCUCUGCAGAGGACUACAUGAGGAAGAGUUUCUCUGCUAUGCAUGACUACAUGAGACGUUACAACCAACCCACCACACCAGACGGAGUGGACAUGUUAAAGACAGAUCCUCCCCUACUAGAUGCCUUCAUCAUGGAUAAAGCUCUAUUGGACUAUGAAGUCUCCAUCGAUGCCGAGUGUAAACUAGCGACUGUAGGCAAGCCUUUUGCUAUAGAGGGUUAUGGUAUGGGUGUUGCCCAAGGCUCUCCUCUCACUGCCAACGUGUCUGAAUUCAUCAGUCGCUACAAGUCAGAAGGGUACAUGGACAUAUUACAUGAGAAAUGGUACAAGGUGGUGCCAUGUGGGAAACGAGUGUUCACUAACACUGAGAAUUUAUCGAUGGGGAUAGAUCAUUUCUCAGGCCUGUUUGUGAUGUUGUGUGUGGGGGUGGUUGGAGCCAUUUUUACCUUGGCAGCUGAACACACCUUCUAUCACCUAGCCCUGCCCUGGCUACGACGGUCACACACACUUACCUACUGGUUGCAUACCAGCCAGAAGAUCCAUCGAGCCCUGAACACCCCUUACGAGGACGUAGGGAAAGAGUUGAUUGGCCUGGACCACAAUCCCUCCCCUUGUGUCUCUGACAGCUGCAGCCUCCACAGACACCAGCAGCCUCGCCCUCCUCCUCCUCCCCCGUCUUCCCCCCCUCCUCCUCAGCCCUCCUCUCCUGCCCGGGACAUCAAGGAGAACAAGAGGGUCCACUUUGAUCUGGAGAGUCUACACAGCUACCGUCUACACACACACACCGCCUCGUUCUGGGGACGUCCUGGCAUGGUGGGGCGACACGGCCUGGGAGGGUGUCUGGGUGGUUUAUCUCCUCCUCAGGUUAGCCUGCAUGCUAACGGUGGCCCAGCAUCGGCCCUGGCCUCCCCCGGCCUGGUCCUGCCUCCUCUGGGGAACCCAGGCAACCAGGCUUUCCUGUGGGAGGGAGAGCUCCAGGAGGUCCAGGGGAGGAUCGAGACGUUCACAGCCCAGCUGAGAGACGCCGUGGCCAGGAGGGCCGAGAUACAGACCUGCCUGGAGAACCAUAAAAUGAACCAGAGCACAGCUACUGCUGUCAAACUGGAGAAAGACAAGGUUGGCCAGUCACAAAGCCUGGAGAGAGUGAGAACCAACGCAGAGAAAGAUAGAACCAAGGAAGAGAGAGAGGGGAUCAACCAGGAGAAAGAUAGAACCAAGGAAGAGAGAGAGGGGAUCAACCAGGAGAAAGAUAGAACCAAGGAAGAGAGAGAGGGGAUCAACCAGGAGAAAGAUAGAACCAAGGAAGAGAGAGAGGGGAUCAACCAGGAGAAAGAUAGAACCAAGGAAGAGAGAGAGGGGAUCAACCAGGAGAAAGGGAUGAGUGGCAUAUCAAACCUCUGUAGCAGCCUGGACAGAGACAGAGACAGAGACAGAGACAGAGACAGGACAAGCAGGGACAGAUCCACUGUGAGACAAACAGCCAGACAGGACACAGAUAGGGACAGACUGUUACACCAAUCAGACACUGAGAGAGACAGAGACGACCAAUCAAAAAGCCUGGGCGGAAAUGGGAGCAGCCAAUCACAUGCCUCCAACAUUCUGCAGACAGGGAGGAACAGCCAAUCAGAAGUUCUGAUCAUCCUACAGAGGAGGAGAGAGAUCCAAUCAAAAACCUCUGCCAGCCUGGACAGAGGGACAACCAACCAAUCAGGUGCUGUCAAUACACUGCAGGGAGAAAGAACUGUCCAAUCACGUAACUCCACCAGUCUGGAGAGAGGAAGAGCCAGGCAAUCAGGUGCAGUGAAAGACCAGGAGAGGGGGAGAACUGUCCAAACACGGACAGGGGCUGGUCUGGACAGACUGAGAGCUAGCCAAUCCAGUGCCUGCACUGGGAAUCUGGUUAGAGAACGUCCCGCCCCCGUGGACACCCAGAAGAGUUUGUGUUAGUCGUUUGAUUGGUUAUUUAUUGGAACACAAUAGACCAAUCAGAGGACUGGAAAAGAAUCUAACAGGUCCAAAUGGUUUACAAGGCAGAGGAUGAAGUAAACAUUAUCAGAGUUUUAAAAAACAAUGACAGAGAUGUGGCACUGGUCCAUUUGCCUCUGAUGUCAACGGCUGCUGUCUGUUAACAAAAUGUCUGAUCAGAACUUUACCCAUCUACUGUUUGUCUCCACUGGGUGUGUUUCCUUUUUGUUUCUAACGACUAAUUGCUCUCUCUCUCUUCAUCUCGUACCCCUGGGUUGUGUUCACUAGGAACCAAACAGAACCAAACAGAACAAAACGGGAAGGGACCUACCUGAUUUUGUCCAAUAGAAUCUCUUGUUUUCGUUGCAGAAGGUUUUUUGUUUGGAGCGAACGGUUUCCGUUGCAAUGGUUUGUGACUACUGUAUACACCCCAGGUCUGUAGUCAGUUCUCAGUGGGUCAUUCAAGGUACACAUGGGGCUCCUAAAUGUUCAAUCAAAUGCUAUUUCCACCCGACCGGGUAAGAAUCUGCUAUCCCAGAGGGCAAACUACACGUGUCCACUGUCAUUGUCAUGACUGAUCCUCUAUAAGGACCUUGAGUUGGUUUGAUACUAUGCAGUUGAAUUGAAUUUACUUUAAUGGAAUUUGUAUGUUGGAUGUCAUGGUGGUGUCAAAUGUAUGUAACAAAAGUCGAACCUGGAAGUGGAUGAAAAAGGUGGAACGUGGAAAGAGAGAAGGCGGUUGUAUUUGAGCCUAUAGCAGGUGUUUUAGAAGAGAUGCAGGUUGCUAGGUGACCUGUAGAGGACUGAGGAGUGUUGUAGAUCUGAUGUUCUGGUGUUGAUGGGUCGUGUUCGGUGUCCCAUAAUGCUGCCUAUAACAACAGCUAUAUGUCUCAUUCUCACACACAACAGAAUUAUAUCAGCAUAUUAUUGGGACUCGUAUCAUGUUGUUGUAUAUCAUUUCCAUUUCUUGAAAUUAAACAUUUAUAUACUGGU